AUCGUCGUCCUUUGCCUCUCGCCGUCAUGUCUCUCGCCGCCGCCCGCUCGCUCCUCUUCAAAAACUCGCGCAUCGCGCCGCUCAGACCAGGCCUGGCCCUCGGCUCGGCCCGUCUUUCCUCUACCUCUGCAAAGCAGCCUACGCUCAAGGAGCGCGUGGCGGAGCUCAUCCCUGGCGAGAUUGAGAACGUUAAGGCAAUUCGUGCUGAGCAUGGCAAGAAGUCCUUCGGCCCCGUCAUCGUAGACCAGGUCUACGGUGGUAUGCGUGGUCUCCCUGCUCUCCUCUGGGACGGCUCUGUGCUCGACGCUGAGGAGGGUAUCCGCUUCCGUGGCUACAGCAUCCCCGAAUGCCGCGACCUCCUCCCGAAGGCGCCCGGUGGUGACGAGCCUCUGCCCGAAGGUCUCUUCUGGCUGCUCGUUACCGGCGAGGUCCCCACCCAGGAGCAGGUCACCGAACUCAGCAAGGACUGGGCCGCUCGCAGCGCCCUCCCCGAGUUCGUUGAGGACCUCAUCGACCGCUGCCCGCCUACCCUCCACCCCAUGACGCAGUUCUCUAUCGCUGUUACGGCGCUCAACCACAACUCCGCAUUUGCCAAGGCAUACAAGGAGGGUAUCAACAAGAAGGACUACUGGGGCCCGACCUUCGAGGACUCGAUGGACUUGAUUGCCAAGCUCCCUAACAUUGCUGGUCGCAUCUACCGCAACGUCUACGGCGGUGGCAAGCCUCCUGCUGUCGACCCGAGCCACGACUACUCGCAAAACUUAGCGACCCUCCUCGGCUUCGGUGACCGCAAGGAGUUCGUUGAGCUCAUGCGUCUCUACAUCACCAUUCACUCUGACCACGAGGGCGGCAACGUGUCUGCCCACACCGGCAAGCUUGUCGGCUCGGCGCUCUCCGAUCCCUUCCUCGCGUUCGGUGCUUCCCUCAACGGUCUCGCUGGCCCGCUCCACGGUCUUGCCAACCAGGAGGUCCUUGUCUGGCUCCGCAAGAUGGAGAGCAAGAUCGGCGCGGAUGCGUCCCCCGAGGCGAUCCGCGAGUACGUCUGGUCGACGCUCAAGUCUGGCCAGGUCGUCCCUGGUUAUGGCCACGCCGUCCUCCGCAAGACCGACCCGCGCUAUACUGCCCAGCGCGAGUUUGCCUUGAAGCACUUGCCUGAGGACCCGAUGUUCAAGCUCGUCAGCAAGAUCUACCAGAUCGUGCCGGACGUGCUCUUGGAGGCGGGCAAGGCGAAGAACCCGUGGCCGAACGUCGACGCGCACUCUGGUGCGCUGCUCACGCACUACGGCCUUACGCAGAUGGAGUUCUACACCGUCUUGUUCGGUGUCUCGCGUGCGUUCGGUGUCGCGGCGCAGCUCAUCUGGGAUCGUGCUCUCGGUGCUCCUCUCGAGCGCCCGAAGUCGUACUCGAGCGCGGCGAUCAAGAAGAUGUUCGAGGGCAAGCAGUAGAUGCUUGUUCGGGAUGGAUGGUGAUGGCCACGGCGGCGAGCGCUGAGGUGGCAGACGUAGUACUUAUUAUACCUUACUGUACUGUAGGCUUGACUAAACGCGAGGACACGCUCAUAUUCAUCCGUUGGCGAGAGCGUACCACGAUUACAAGGAUGAUUCAUGAAUUGUGGAAAAUGAGUUCACGCUGUAAGCAUGUUAUAAGUACACGGGCGAGACGACGACACGCGAAGGGAGGACCAGU